UUCAGCCAGCAGCUUUUUUUUACUGUCGACUGGUUAAUGCCGUGUCAUCACAUCGGUCGUUUUAAUAAAAUCGGUCUUUUAGGUGCAACGUUGUUAGGUAGGUAAAAGUGUUCCUUCAUGCCUGUAAGCGUCAGAAAAAAUAUUCGAAUCUAAGUGGAGUGCUGUUUGUGGGAGGUAGAACGACUGAGUUUUAACAGAGGUCAUCAAAAAACCCGGUCUGCGGUGCGACGUAAUUCGCAACACUUUUGAAGAGAUGGGCCUGCUAUAUAAAAUUCGAGUUCGAGUCGUAAACUGCCUUGUAUUCUUUUUCCUGGUCGCCUUGAUGCCGGCGUUACCACCGAAAACAACGUUUCCGUUCGAAUCGUUCAGCAUAGCACCGUUGAGGGAACUCAAGGGUGGCCUUAAACCAACGAAUCACCUGGACAAUGCCGAACGUUUGUUCGAAGGAAAGAUUCAUGGCCCGGAAGCACUGCUGGUACGUGGAAAAGAUAUGUAUGUCUCUCUGCAUGGAGGCGAAGUGGUACGCAUCAAUGGUCCUCACAUCACACAUGUGGCCAAAUUAGGCAAACCCUGUGAACACUUUUUCGAAGAGAAUACUUGCGGUCGACCUCUGGGACUUGCGUUUGAUACACAAAGCGACAGUCUGAUCAUAGCAGAUGCGUACUACGGUAUCUGGAAAGUAGACCUUUUCAACGGAGAUAAGGUGCAGCUCGUCUCAAGGGAUGUUGUCCUAGAUGGUAAAGUUGUCAAUCGUAAGCCUCGGUUGAUAAAUUCAGUAGCGGUGGCUAAGAAUGGCGAUAUUUACUGGACAGACUCCUCAUCGGAUGUCGAUUUGAUGGAUGGUGUUUAUGCGAUUUUGCUAAACCCGUCCGGUCGUCUUUUCCGUUACGAUCGAAAGACAAAGAAAAAUGUUGUCCUCCUGGAUAAUCUCUAUUUCGCUAACGGAGUAGUUUUAAGUCCAGAUGAAGAGUUCGUGCUGGUCGCGGAAACUAUGUCAUCGACAAUUCGACGAGUUUAUCUCAAGGGCCCGAAGGCAGGCACCGACGACAUAUUUGUUGAUGGUUUACCAGGUUUGUUGGAUAACUUGGUUGCCGAUGACGAAGGCCUGUGGGCUCCUCUUGUCAUGGCUGCUGAUGAAGAAAAUCCAUCGGUGCCUCGUUUAUUAUCAAGAGUUCCUCUUAUUCGCAAGUUCUUGGCUCGCAUGCUUUCACUAGCAGAGAUGCCGUUCCGUUUGCUCCACCAGAUUUGGCCGUCGGCUCACACUCUUCGUUUGCUACACACGAUUGGACAUUUCGAAACGAUGUCAUUCCUUAACCCAGAUCGUACGACCGUUGUACGGAUCACCUGGGAUGCGCACAUUAUCGGUUCUCUACAUGGUUUCGACCGUUCCGUAGGUUCUGUUUCGCAUGUCGCAGAAUUUGGGGAUUAUUUGUAUCUGGGAUCACCGUAUAACACAUAUCUGGCUCGAGUCAAAAUGCCUAAAGGCUUAAAAGUUCGUGUUCAAAACGUCCGAUUCGAGCCGGAAGUUGCACCAAAAACAACUACCACAACCACCACCACCACCACUACUACUACAACUACUACAACCCCUAAACCAACUACGACUUCUACUACAACCACCACUCCCAAACCAGUUACUACCACUACAACAACCACAACACCUAAGCCGCCUUCGACCACAACAGCUUCUACUACAUCCACAACCACUACCACAACAACCCCGAAGCCAACGCCAAAAACCACACCAGCAGCGGAGAAAGCCAAACCAACUAAAGCUCCACCGGCCACUACCAAAGUUCCUCCGAAGCAACCCAAGACGGAAACACCAAGUACCACCACAACCGCAGCUCCACCGGUGAAGAAACCGGCGCCGAUUCACGAAAAGAUUCCCAAUGACACACCGAAACCGCAACAGGAGAAAUUAAAGGUCAUCAAACGAGGCGGUGAGCAAGGCGAACUCUAAGCUAAUCCCAGCCAAUAUUCCAUACAGCAUUCCCGCUUCCCCAGCUUUGUUCGGUAGGGGUUUCAAGUUACCGAAAGCAAACGCACAAUUAACGAUACUAGCAUUAUUCGAUCUUUUCUGGCCGUUCGCGAGCCUAAGGCUGGCGACGGACCUGAUCAUCAAUGAGAUUGCGGCUAGAAGGCCGAGGCGGCACAGCAUUCCAUAUUUUCCGCUGUCAUUCCCAGUGAAACAACGCACUAAGACUGCCCAUUGAAAUAUUUUUAGUAUAAUUUAUUUCCAUUUUCCUGUACGUGGCAUCUACAAUACCAUCACCAAAGUAGCAGUCAUUCCGAACAAAAAGUUUUUGAAUCUAGCAUAUUACCUAGCAGUUUUUGACUAGCGGUUGGAUGCGCCAACGUUCGAGAUAAAUUUGAAAUUGUUUGGCAGCUUGCCUGUGAGUCGAGUCACUCUUAGUUUAGCACUUUUUUUUUUCAAUAUAAAAAGAAUAAAUUUUAUGGUAAAAGGAAAAAUAUGAUACACGCAAUUAUGUAUAGGAUUUUUUUGGGAUCCAAGGGAAUUUUGAUCGGUUUUGUAAAUCACAAAGUUUUUUAACAUGCGAUCGGCAUGCGAUUGAUUAUCGUUACGGUAAUGUUAGAAUUACACAUAGUCAGUGGCGAAAAUAGGCAGUAGAUCUUAAGGAUUUUGUUUCUAAUAGAACUAAUACCGUAGG